CUGUAGGGGAGGAGUCAAGGGAGGAAGGGCAGGCGCUCGUGGGCAAGUGGGGACGUUUUGGUGGACAGGACAGCUCUUGAAAGAAAGUGUUCCGAUUCAUUGAUUUCUUCACUCAACACGUUAAGGAUCCAGAGAAACAUCCAUUCAGAAUUCCACCUGAGGCUGCCAGGACCCCAUCUUCCCCACUUGGCUGAAAUUCUGACAUAGAUUCAAGAUUCCUUUAAACCUGAAACUUCCAGGAAGAUGGAGAAAAGACCACCAGCGUCCUGUUUUAGUCGUGGAGCCCCCUGAGCCAGCUUGAACAUCAGAGUCUGAGAGGAGUACCUCACAUUCUGGAAGAAGAUGUUAAAAACCAUCAGCAGCUAUCACAGGAAUGGAUCUCUGCCAGGAAAACGAGGCUGAGUUAGAAAACAGUGCAAACAAGGAGACUCAAAGCCCAGAAGAAACGGAGCUAACCUAUACUUGCCCAGAUGAGAGAAGCGAGAAGAGUCACGUUCGUUGUCUUCUCAACAUCAGCGACAUUACUCUUGAGCAAGACGAAAAAGCCAGCGACUUUGUCAUCAGAACUGGAUGGGAAGAAGCCGUGAGUAUCGUCUUCACUGAGGUGUCUCACACAUCGGUGUUUUGGUGCACAUCUUUCCUUUUGCUGUUUUCAAAAAUAGGUAUUACCAAAGAUAAUGAUGUCCUGGGUAAGAAGAGUAAGAACUCUUUCUUGCAGCGGGAAGAGAAGGUGCUAAGUAUGGAAAAGGAUGCGUGGGUGGCUUGUGCGUAUGGGCUGAAAACGGUUGACGGGAAAGGUGAAAAGGGACCUGUGGAGCUGGCCAAGCACCCGAAGGCCAACGACACGCUGCCUUUCCCUCCCCGGGCGGCCCCAGCACCCCUGCUGGCCGACCACCAGCGGGACGGCCUUCACUGGUCCCUCCGGCCUGCGAAACGCCCCGUGUGCCCUCCCAAUCCCGGCAACGGCCGCUAUCUGGCCCCCGUGCAGCUUUGGCAGAAACAGGGAGUGCAAAACAUCAAAGCCAGAUUCAAAGCCAGGGAGCCAAGACCUGCCGUGAACAUCCAAAAGCACAUUCUCGCGGAGGCCAAGCAGGAAAACAGGCCCCAAACGUUGACCAAAGUGUUGCGGAGAACUCUCUUGCCCUCCCUCACGGUGAGCAGAGUCGUCACUCCAGUCUCUGCCCACAGACUGCUCUGAGCCACCGCAGUAGAAUUCCCUGGGAAUGAGCACUGUUUGAAUCCAUUCAUCGUUUCCCUGUCUCUCUCUCUCCCUCCAUCCCACCCUUCUCUUCUCUUCUGCCAUACUCUUCCCCCCAUUCCCACCCUCCCUUCCCUUGUCCCUUUUUUUGUAGAAGAACCAGAGGAAACUGAACCUCACUCUAUGGGUUCUGAUUUAUUCUCAAAGCUCCCAUAUCUAUGUCACCUGCUUCUGUCGCCUAGCCAUUUACAAAACGCAAACUGGUAAUACCAUUCUCGCUUCUGCCUGCCUCAUCUCUCCACUCCCCGCCGGAAGCCACAUGGAUGGCGAGGACUCUGAAGGGCAUCCCUCAGUGAUGCCCAGGUCAGCCCUGAGCCGACUGGCAGGGGCGCUCUCCUCCCCAUGUAGUGCCUUAAGCUUAGUGUAGGGGCUUGUUUAGGCCAAAUUGUUUCCCAGUCUCUUGAACCAGGCAGAUACCAUCUGUUGCCUCACCUUCUCUUGCAGCAAAGAUCUGGAACAUUGCUGUAAUAGAUAACUCCAGCCUGCCUCCAGAAGAAUGUCCUUGUGUCCAAGGUGUGCUAACCUCCCAUCCAUGGACAUACCGUACCCACAAUACACUGCGUGUCCCAGGGUUUCCUAGUCCUAUAGCCUCAUGCUAGUGUCCAUGUCUGGAAGAGUUUUAGCCACAGCUCUAUAAAAUCCAUCUUGGGAAGCAGGUUAAGAAUAAUUAUUUGUUUAAAAAAAAUGUUGUUGUGAUGAUUAUUGUCACUCUACAUGCUUCCUCCAGCUUUACCUUGCAUCUAGUAUUUGGGAACUCUACAACCCCAGACAGACGCUUAUGGAAUAGUGAUGUUACUUCCUCCCCUCUCCUGUCCCCCGUCUUCCCUCAUUUUACCCCAGUGCAUAUUUCCUGAAGUUGUAUAUAAAUUAAACAUUUGUAAAUGAGUUAUAUUUUAAGUGCCAAGCGACCACGCUAUGUAGAGUAAUGCUCUGAAAAACCAUUUUGUGAUAUGAAUAACCAUUUAGCUGCUCUGUAAUUACGUAGUUUGCAUUUGCUUAAGGUAGGUUGUACUUGAACUCUGGACUUCCUGUCCCCCAGAUGAUGGAUAGAAUAUAUGACUGUAUCUGGAAACAUCUGUAAUUGGUCUUUGUAAUGUUUUGCCUCUUAGUUUAGGUGGUUUUUGUUCUGUUUUGUGGUUUUUGCCAAACACUGGAAAUAUAGUGGAAUAUAGUA